GAAUUUGUAAUUUGAAAGGAGAAGUUUUAAAGUUUGAAUUUGCGAAACAGUGUCAAUAAAAAACAACCCAAAAAAAAACUUAAUGGUAAGGAAAGAAAGAAAGUAUUUGAAACGGUAGAUCUAAUAUAUACAUUGAAUUAAAAGAACAAGGGAAUAAACAAAGUAAAGUAAAGUAGAAAUGUCCAAUAUAUUAAAGAUAAUAAAUCCUCCAGAGUCAAGGGAUCUUACAGAUGAAGAAGUUAAAGAUUGUGUUCCAUGCCAGAUAAUGGCAUCGUUUACAGGUAUUUUAGGAGGAGCAUAUUUUGCGAGUGGACGAGUUUUUAAGGGAGAAAAGCUCAAUUCCAAUCCUGGAUGGUGGAAGAUUUUUGUAAGAAGCUUUGGAGCUGGAAUGAUUGGAUUUGGAGUAUAUAGAGGAGGACAAGGGUGGUUAUGGGAUUUGAAUCAUGAAUAUAAAAAAGUUGAGUAUGGGUAUAAAGAGAGUAGUAGGUUGAAAGGCAUUGGUGAGAUAUUCCAAAAGGGUAAGAAUGAAAAGGAAGAUUAGAAAAGAAAUUUCUAAGAUUUGGUAGAAUAUUAUGUCAUAAGAGUAUUGAUAGAAUAGUAUAUGAUAACAGUAUUGAUAGUUGAUAGUUGAUAAUUAUUGAUUAUGAAAUAAUUGUAAAUUGAAUAAUUGUAUAUAGAAUUGAUGCAAUUAGUGCUGGUUUUUGCACAUGCGUAAAUCUGAGUCCUAAGUAGGAAAUGAAAAAUUUAAGAUAUAUAUAUAAAUUCAUUUUAUUUUGGAGAA